AUGAAUAUUCCAGCACAAGACGCGUGGCCCGCAAGGAGGCCUGUGCCUCAGUGCCUCCGUUUGUUUCUUAGUCUGCUGCCCCUCAUUUUGUACCUGUCUGGCCCAUUAUCAGCCGCUGGUUUACAUAGAGAGCCCCGUGCAUGCGCAUUAUUUGUUUAUCGAGGUGUAAUCAAUCAUUCGGCAAGUAGAGGGCGAGGGUCCAGCACCUCCCGCGACUCACUUCCCUCAUUUUUUGAAAGGUUCAGAAAGGGAUCGAAAAAAAGCGAACAGGGACCUCAGCAGGUAUCGCAAUUUCAGACAGAGGUUGAUCUCUAUCGAUUGCUGGGUAUCCAGCGUGAUGCUCCGUCCUCUGCUAUUGCUGCGCGCGUGGACGAAUUACAGAAACAGCAGCACGAGCAGUUCUCAGGAGUGGGGACACCACAGUUGGACCCCCUUGUGGCAUCCCUUCUGCACGAAGUCUCAGAAACCUUGCAAAACUCCGAACAACGCGCUGCUUAUGAUGAGGGGGGUUAUGUGCCCGAGCCUCUCUACGCCUUGCUGCAGCAGCUGCUACCCGCGCUGCCUUCUUCCACUUCACAGAAAGAACGCCAGGAUGCAGCAGAAACCGUAGAUCAAGAGGAGGAGCCGGAGGUAGAAAAAACAGCAGGAGGCCCUUCGAACUUGUUUUCCGCCAUAUUUGGACCCCAUUUCCUGGGGAACAAUAGCCCGUUUGCUGCAGUUAAAGGACGCCGCCGCACAUCGCGGCCUCAGCGGGGUGUGGACGUGGAGAGCGCUGUCACUCUCGGAUUCGUAGAUGCAGCACUCAGGGGAGCAUCCUCCCUUCCUGUGAUAGUGCAGCGUCAAGAACCAUGUGAUGCCUGCUCAAGCUGGGACGACAGCAGGAAAUUGAAAGCCUCUGCCUGUAAAGUGUGUGAGGGCCGAGGGAUGCAGACAGAGACAAGACGAUCUUCUUUCGGCGUCGUCUCAACAUCCAUCAGCUGCUCAGCAUGCGGUGGGACUGGAGAGUCAGGGAAUCCUCCGUGCGAAUCAUGUGAAGGUGAAGGAAUGGUGACCAAAGACGUGUCUCUUAAGAUCAACAUACCCGCAGGAGUCUCUGACGGGUCUCUGCUGCGCGUUGAGGGCGAAGGAAGCAAAGGAACAAAUGGAGGGCGCCCCGGUGAUCUAUAUAUAUUUGUAAACGUGGAGAAGCACAACCGCUUUUCUAGGGAGGGCGCAGAUGUGCUUAGCGAGGAGAGGAUUUCUUUACGAGAUGCCGUCAGUGGCUGCAAACUCAGCGUGGAGACAGUAGACGGCAUGGCGGAGGUAGAAGUACCUCCCCUGUCGCGAUCCGGCCAAAAGGUGCUCAUAAGAGGGAGAGGAGCAAAGAUAUGUGACAGUUCUUUAGGAAAAAGGGGCGACCAUAUCAUCACGCUACGGGUCGCUCUGCCAGAGUCAAUUACAGCUGAAGACCGCGAGCUCCUGCAGCGUCUAAAGGAUGUGGAAAAUGGAGGAGACAACCAGGAGACAAAAUAA